AUGACGCGCACGUUAGAGCCUUUUGGACCCUGGGGGAAGCUCUCCACCACGCUUCGCGAAAUCGGCGGGGUGGGCUCACUCAUAUGCGCGAUGCUCGUGACGCAAUCGCAACUCGCGCAGGUGAUACUGCCGCUCAGUGAGAUUGCUGCGACUUUUGGGGUCCAAGACAGUGCGGGAAGGCAGAGCUGGUUCGCUGCCGCCUACUCUCUGAGCGUCGGCACAGUGAUCCUACCUGCCGGUCGUCUGGGCGACAUGUACGGCAACAAGCUCGUGGUCCUGAUCGGCUUCAGCUGGGCCUGUCUAGGCUCCCUCCUAUGUGGCCUCUCCUCCUACUCCCACUCCGACAUCUGCUUCGACGUCUUCCGUGCCUUUCAAGGUCUCGGCUUCUCCAUUGCCCUACCCAACGCUGCUGCCGUCCUUGCUCGGAGCUCCGUAGAUGGACAGUGGAGGAGAGUCAUCUACUUUACCAUCUUUGCCGCUUCAGCACCUAAUGGCUUCCUCAUUGGAGCCGUCUUCGCUUCACUCAUUGCGCAAUUUCACGCGCAACACUGGGACUUUUCCUUCUACCUCGCGGCAGUGUGUCUCUUUGGACUCACUAUCUUGGCUUGGUUCACUGUGCCCUCGGAUGAGUACCUCACUCGCUUUUACAGAGAGGCAGAAGAAGAGCGAUUGGGAGAAGCAGCUCCUCCGCACAAGAAGCCGGGCUUCGACUGGCUCGGCACCUUCUUUGCCCUUAUCGGUCUCAUCCUCGUCAACUUCGCUUGGAAUCAAGCGGGUGUGGUGGGAUGGAGCGAGCCGUACAAUGGCGUCUUGCUCGGUGUGGGACUGAUAUGCAUAGCGAUUUUCCUCUAUGUGGAGAAGAAGGUGGCUCACCCCCUCAUACCAGUGGAUAUUUGGACACCACAGAAUUCAGUCGUCAUUGGAUGUAUCGCACUGGGGUGGAGCUCAUUUGGUAUCUGGAACUUUUACUCUGUUCGCUGGUGGAUCGAGAUUCGCGGUGCCUCACUUCUUAAAGCAACAGCCUAUGCCACCCCAGCAGGUGUAGCCGGAUGUUUCGCCGCAACCCUCUCUGCCGUUCUCCUCAAGCACGCCGGUCCAAGCUGGACCAUGCUAAGUGCUCUCUCUGCUUUUUUCCUCGCCGGAAUCCUAAUCGCUACUAUGCCAGAACAGCAGACCUACUGGAUCAACUCCUUCAUUAGCUGGUGUGCGGGGCCUUUUGGAAUGGAUCAGAGCUUCCCGGCCGCUUCCCUCAUUAUCGCAUCGGCUCUUCCGCCGCACAAGCAGGGAGUGGCAGGUAGUCUAGUGAAUACAGUCAUUAAUUGGAGUGUCGCAGUGGGACUGGGAAUUGCUGGAACGGUCGAGGCGAACACCAAUGCCGGAGGGACAGACAUUCUCACGGCGUAUCGGAGCGCAGCCUACCUGGGCUCGGGAUUGGCUGGACUGGGGGUGAUACUAGCGGCGAGUAACGUCGUCGCUGUGCUUGUUCGUGGGAGCAGAAAGAGUCGACGUGGCACUGAGUCUGCAGUCAAUGAGAAGGGUACAGACUCGACUACAGAUGUGGAUGAGGCGGAGGCGGGCACGGGCACGGGCACGGGCACGGGUAUGGCUGCGGGAACUUCAGGUGCAGAGAUUGGUGGGGGAAUGGGAGAUGAGACUAUUGUGCCUAAGUCAGAGGGAGACGCAGAAGGAAAGAGGCAUAUCAAAGGAACGGACAAUCAAUAG